AUGCUUGCCCUAGGGUUUGUGGAUAAUGAUGCCUUUAGUGGAAAAAUGGCUGAUGGAAACCUCACCACCGUGACAGAGUUUAUUUUUCUGGGGCUAACAGAUCAUCCAGAGCUGCAAGUCCCACUCUUCUCAUUGUUCCUAGUGAUCUAUCUUAUCACCCUGAUUGGGAAUCUUGGGAUGAUCAUAUUAAUCAGGAGUGAUCCCCAACUUCACACCCCCAUGUACUUCUUCCUCAUUAACUUGUCUCUAGUUGAUUUCUGCUACUCCUCUGUCAUCACCCCCAAGUUGCUGGUGGGCUUCUUAGCUGGGAACAAAGUCAUUUCUUUCAAUGGCUGUGCAACCCAAUUCUUUUUCUUUAGCUCAUUUGUUGGUAUUGAGUGCCUCUUGCUGGCUGUGAUGGCAUAUGACAGGUAUGUGGCAAUCUGUAACCCAUUGCUCUAUACAGUCAUCAUGUCCCACAGAGUCUGUGUCCUGCUGGUGGCUGGUUCCUUUCUAGCUGGGUUUGUCAACUCGAUGAUACACACCAUCAGUAUGUUUCAGUUACCCUUCUGUGCCUCCAACAUCAUCAACCACUUUUUCUGUGAUGUCCCUCCUCUGCUGAAGCUCUCCUGUGCCAGUACCUUCAUCAAUGAGGUGGUGAUCUUUGCCUUCGCCAGCUUAAUUGAAAUCAGCUGCCUCCUCGCCAUCCUUAUCUCCUACGUGUACAUCCUCUCUGCCAUCCUGAGGAUCCACUCCACCGAGGGCAGGCACAAAGUCUUCUCCACCUGUGCCUCGCACCUGACGGCCGUCACUGUCUUCUUUGGGACAACUCUCUUCAUGUAUCUGCGACCCAGCUCCAGCUCCUCCAUGAACCAAGACAAAGUGGUCUCUGUGUUCUACACAGUGGUGAUCCCCAUGCUGAACCCCCUGAUCUACAGCCUAAGGAACAAAGAGGUGAAGGACGCCCUGAGGAGAGGGUUUGGGAGGAAAAUCUUUAAUUAG